GGAGAACCUUUCUGUUUUACAAAAGGCUCUUUGUGGUGAAAAAAGAUUCUUCAGAUUCUAAAAAGGUAAGAAAAAGAUGGUUCUUUAAAAAAACAUUUGACUGAAUGGUUCUUUGUGGAACUAAAAUGGUUCUUUAUGGUAUCGCUGUGAAGAACCUUUUAAACCCUUUAUUUUUAAGAGUGUAUUAAUAUUGUAUAUUGAGUGUGCAUAUAAAUGUGUACACGUGUUGCAUGUGUGUGUGUGAAGAUUUGUGUGUGUUUGUUUAGGGAGGGUGUCUCUUUUUCCUGAGGAAAAUCCCUCAUCAUUUGGUAGCAGUGUGAAGGCUGCCUCCGACAUUCCAGCAGAAGGCCCAAAUCUUGGAGAGUAAAACACACACACACACACACACACACACAUACAGGCAUACUUUGUCUCUGUCUUACUGAUAGGCUCUCUACUUCACUCACAGACGCUGGGAUGGAUUUGCCCUGAGCUGACUGCCCACUUCAACAUAAGUUAACCAGCGCCAGAAUGCCCAUCCUCAAGAAGCUACCUGGCAGGUUCAAGAAUAACCAGAGCAAUGGCGAUCUCGUUCAAAAGAGUAACCUUGCUAAUGGUGAACUCAUCCUUAAAAGUAACCAUAGCAACGGGGAACUCAUUCUGCCACCAUCCGAUCUCAAUCCGUUUGAGGGGGCAUGGGCAGGCAUAGGGUGGAAUAAGGAAGACGGUGGAGUUUGGGAAAACGGACAAGACUACCAAUCUCAGGUGAGUGAGGCACUGGAGAAUGAGGCAAACGCAGAGCAGCGUGAAGUGUCGAAGGUCACCGAAGGAUCCAAAGAAAAGAGAGGAACUUUGGAACGCAUCUGUGGCUCGUCACCGCUGAAGACCCUGGGAAAGUUAGGCAAGGGGCUUCGCAUCACCGGGAGGAAUGUGUGGGGUGCUGCACCUUCACUACGAAGCGCCACUCUCCCGGCAACACCUUCCUCGGAUAAGAAGAAAAAAAGGAAUUAUAGAAGAGCCUCAGAGGAGAUCAUGACUUUACUAAGGCUGGCAGGUCGGCGUAAAGAGAGCAAACGCAGAGACAGUCUGCCUACUGGUGAUCUGAGCACUGAAAACGAUGAAGACAGUCGCAGACGUCCCUCGUUCCUCCGUAUGGUCAGUCUGAGCAAGCUCAGACGAGACUCACUAACAAACCACAGCUCCCAGGAGUCCGAGCAAGAGCUCGUAGAGGAAGAACAGCCAGUCAAACGCAGGGAGCCACUAUCAGUGUUGGAGAUCUUGCAGUUGGUUAAUCAGCGAGACCUGCUGCUUGCCGACACCCACAUUCAGGAGCUCGAGAGGGAGUGUGAACUUGACCCCUCCCUCUUGACACAAACCACAACCACACCCACUUCGACCACAUCCAGCAGUAUCACUACUCACACAUUGACCUCAUCUCCCUGGUUCCCCCUGCUGGCUGUUACAGGCAGUGAUGAUUCCGGUCCAAGCAUGUGGGACGCCGGGCUACGCAAAGUGAAAGACGUUGAGCUCCUUUACGAGGCCCUUCAGAGAGAGAUGUGGGAUGUGGUGAGGGAGUCGCUACGGCAACCGUGCACCGGACCUCAGCUGGGUCUUGUGGUGCUGGUCAUACAGCAAGAGGAACAAGCUGACAAGGUCUGGGCCAUGCAUCAAGAGGCGCAGUCCAACCUUCAAGCUGAAGAUCAUUCCGAAGACCGCCCCGUCUCAUGUGAGGGCGCGCGACCAUCCAAGCGACCCAGGAGGAUGCGUCAAAGGUGGGUGGAGGCAGUGGUAGAGGCAGCCAACUGGUGUCUUCCACAGCCGGGGGGCAUCGCUGCAGGUCAGAUGGGCAUGUAUUUGGAGCGUUUGAGGGGCAGGGUGGUGGAAGACAUGGACGCAGCACGUCGCAAUGUGGUGGCGGUGUAUCCUGAGGAGUUUGCCGUGUUUCAGGUCUACAUGCAGAGUUAUCACAAGGCUGUUGCCAAACGGCUGAAGAGCAUCACUUGUGGACCCAUUCAGAUCACAGAUAUAUAUUCGCUGCUGGACUGGAUCUACAACAUUUACAAGAGGGACGUCUUGGCUACAGUUGGAGCGAUGGGCACCAUAGUGUGUGAAGCUCUAGAUCCUCUUCUGCCAGAUGAUGUCAUAGAUCGGCUGGAACAGGACUGUGUCGACAAUGUUUGGGAGAAGGUGACUACUGAGCUGUCUCAGGUUUUGGAAGAGGAGGAGAAGCGUUGGGCUCAGAAGUUGCACAUUGAAGAGUAUCAGUCUGGCCUUGCCCGAUCGAUUAUACAGAGGCUAAAAGUAGAUUUGGACAGAUCAACAGCUGUCAGUCAGCCAUUAGGAGCCCGCAUUGCUCGUUGCACCUUGAAUGGACUUGCAGAUUUUCUGCACAGUUUCCAGAGAAAGGUUGAGAUGUUCCACAACACACAGUCAGAGUUUGGGGAUGGUGGGGAUGGUUAUGUCUCCAGGACAAUUGCUCUUGUCAACUGCGUUCCACCAUUCAGGAGUUUUGUGGAGCGCUGUCGUCUGUGUGACACUCUCGGCAGUGAGGACGUCUCUCAGCGAGCUCAUUCCUCUCUAGAGCGAAUUGUCAACCAGUCUGUGCGAGUUCUCGCUGACAUACUGUUUGAACAUAUCAGGCCAUUCUAUGAUAAGCUGGUAAAGAGGAAGUGGCUAGAGAACACCGAGGCCUACGAGAGCAUUGAGACAUCCAUUAAACAGCACUUUAAAAGGUUUCGCAGAAUGGACUGCCCUCCAUAUCAGACAUUGGUGAAUGAGGUGCACAGGCGGGUCCUGGUUGAAUAUGUGCGUGCCAUCAUGAGAGGGCGGGUCAUCUGUACAUCACUCAAAAUGAGGAAGAGAGUGGCAUUCCGUCUGCAAGAUGAAGCCAAACAACUCAAGGCUCUGUUUAAAGAUCUGGAGUCAAAUGCAUCCUGGUUGGACAGUGUGAUCGUUCACCUGGCAGACAUCAUAGUGCUGGAAGAUACACCCUCUAUUCAGAUGGAGGUUGGAGUUUUGGUGAAGGAGUUUCCAGAUAUACGGAGGAGACACAUCUCUGCUGUGUUAAACGUCCGCGGGAUGGUGCAUCAGACAGACCGCCAGGAGAUCUUAGCCGUCGUCCGGGACUUCGAGACCAGCGACAUCUCCAUUAAUCUGCCCAGAGAUCGCGCCCUCUUCUCUGAAAUCGCAGUGGCCAAAGACAUGCCUUGUCUGGGGCUGGUUCUGAUCCGCUGUGCUCUGACUGUGUCAUCGUGGGUCGGCAGUGCCAGACCGCAUCGUAAACACAGCAGAAGGAGCCGGAAAGAGAAGCACGCAGACGGGAGACCACAGUUGAUGCGCACAAAGCGUUUUAAUGAGCCUUAAAGAUGAUACAGUACAGCAUAACUACACAGUACAGCAUUCUAUUUAAAAGAUAAACAACAAAUACAACACAAUAAAUAAAUGUAUUGUUUGUAUACAACAACAUAAGAAUAAAAUAAGUAGGGGAAGGUUUGCAUAUUUAUCUGAAAACAUUCAUUGUUGACAUCCCUGACAGGAAAAUUAUUAAAUGAAUUGUUUAGUCUGUUCUGUUCUCAGUCAGCUAGAUGAGUAUGCGGGCAGAAUCUGGUCAAAAGGGAGAACAAGAUGAGAAGUAAAAUCACAAUAAGGCCUGUCCUUCAGAACACAGCUGCAGUGAAAUAAACCAGUGGGCACUUCAAAAGACAGGAAAUAUUCUAUAAUUCUCAGGCUUUUAACAGACUGUUAAUAGGCUGCUGUGUACUGAGUAUCUGGAUCUCUGUUGUGUGAACAAACCCAUGAUUAAAGCAGAGUGGCACAGUACUUUAAAGUACUUUUACAGUAGUACGGUGAAGAUGUGCUAAAGCUGAGAAUUUUAGUAGUAACUUGUAUAGGCUGUGCUCAGUGCUUACAGAAACAGGCCGCAUAUACACUGCAGGUCUUGAUGCCCAUUUCCGAUUUGUUGACUUUGAUCUUAAUUUUUUGAUGACCAACUUACAUCAUCAAAACAUUCCAAGGCAUACCUGGAAGGCUAAAGAAAGUAAAAUGGGUUAUACAAGGUUUUGCUUUCAUUGCACAUUUAAAGAGUCAUGAAAACAAAAUACUUAUGAAAUGAAAAUAGUCAUGAAAAAAGUAAUGAUAGUGGUUGAUAUCUACCAAGGUUUACGUUGGUUACCAACGUUACUUUUUCAGUGAGGUAUGACUUGCAUAGAUGGGGAUAUCCAAUCUGUCUGCUGACAUGAUACAAAUGCACAUUUCUAAUUUAUUUCCACAUACGGUUGCUGCCUAAAUCUAUAUGUGCUUUUUACAUGCCUACACGUUUGUGCCUCUUUUCCGAUUUGUACCACACUGAAGGAAACCGUUCGGAAUUGGAUAACUUGAGCAAUGUAGUGUAAAUGCAAGAAUCUCUCAGCAUAGCAGAGGCAUGUAGUGAUGUCAUCGGGUACAACAGUACAUACACCUUUCAGUUUCAAAUGAUAUGAUUUAGACAAGAGCAAAUAUUAAAAAAGUUUAAACUUGAUUGGUUUGUGACAUUUAAACAUGCUAAUUCCUCUUUUUAUGAGUGGCUUUAAAUUCUGAUGAUCUGUUUUUAUGUUUAAUCUAUACAACUCCAACACUGAGAUUAAUGAUGAAAGAUUCUGACAAUGUACAUGAUAUUUUUUCAGCUUUUAAGGUAAAUAAGAAAUAAAGACCCAUUGAAAUAAAGUAAAACCUAAUACAAGUAGAAUUUUUGUUGUUUUUAAUUUAAAGGUAAAGUUCACCCAAAAGUUAAAAUACUGUCAUCAUUUACUCACCCUCUUGUCAUUUCAAACCUGUAUGACUUUCUUUCUUAUUCAGAAUACAAAAGAAGAUAUUCUAAGGAAAGUUGGUAACCAAACAGUGCCGGCACCCAUUCAUUUCUCUUGCAUGGACACAAAACCAAUGCAAGUGAAUGGGUGCCGGUUACCAACAUUCUUCAAAUGAUCUUCUUUUGUGUUCUGCAGAAGAAAGUGUCCUUUUAAGUGUUCCUGGGGGAGCUAAAGGAUGCCUUAAUAAGCCUUGCAAAAUUACUUGCUCUCUACAGGUUUAUUUUUGUUGUGUGGAUGUAUGUGUUACCUGGGUUCAGGUUAAAUUGAGGUUGAGCUCUGCCGCCUGUCAGCAGAGGGAUGUUUUGGGUAACUGCUCUAUUCCUGUUGUUCUGAGAGGUGCCAAACGAGUCCUCUUAUCAGAGCCAAGUAUACACACCACCACAGGCAGUCACUUCCUUUUCAACACAACAGCUCCGUUUUAGCCCAAACAAUCUUGCAGUCACAGAAACGCGUGCACACACAUACAAACAUAUAUAGAACGAAAAUAAUAAAAUAACCUUAAAAUAGCGGGCAUUCACUUUCAGUAUUAUGAAACUACAGAAGCUCCGAAAUAAAAAUUGUGCAUUUAGAUUUCCUCGAUAAAUUUGACAUUUGCUUUUACUACAUUUUGUAGAUUAAUGCAGUAAAAAAAAGAGGCACUUUAACCUGCAAGGUUUUUAUGUCAUAUUUUCAGUGUUUAGUGUGAUUUCAUUUUUACCCUUUGAUGUAAUUUUUUUUAUUAAACACUUUAAUGUUUGUGCGUUAUGUAAGGGAUAAUGUACAGGCAGCCGGAUGUUAUCACAGAAAUAAGACCCGACAGUGUGCCGUGAAGCGGAGGGUCUUUUAUCACACUGAAGCGGCUUAUUUCGCGAUAACAGCCGGCUGCUUGUACAUUAUACCGCUUAUUACACGGCUACUUGCCACAUGAGAAAAAAACUGGACAUAACAUGUGAAUUUGAAAUAUUUUAUUAUCUCAUUUUUACCGAAUGCAGACCUUCCACGUUUAUUUCGGUUUUAAAGUAAGAAACGAUGUUCAAACAUCACGAACAGGCAAAUUGGUUUAAUCAUUUGUAAAUAUAAUGUCAUAUAUGUUAUUAAAAGACAUAUUUAUAAUUCAUUUUGUGUAAUAUUAAACUGCCCCUCUCAAUAAACUGUGUUAGUUUUGAGCGGUUGCAACCCU